AAAACGGACCAUUUCCUUCCUCUAAGCGAGCUCAUUCCUAGUUCGAAAGGUUUCACAGCUUUAUCCGCUCCGGAUGUUAUCCCACCUCGCAACGAAUUCCAGAAAACCCUAAUUGAGAGCUGAUUUCUGGAUUCUUUGGUUGCCAAAUGAGAAGAAGUUAGUUGCAGACAUUAUCUUCCUUCCAAUGUGUUGGCGGUCAUAGAAGUUGCAGACGGAAGAAUGACCAGCAUUGACACCCUCUUCUCUUCUUCCAGUGUUUAUCUCCCUAAACCCUGUAGGGCUUCCUUCCAAUGCAAUCGGAAGCUCCGACAAAGAACGCCUUCUUUUCUUCACCGAUCAUUUACAGUUCUCUGCGCGGCGAAUUCGAGCUCCUCCAAUUCCCAGCCCGGCGAGACUAACAAAAGGGAUGAUUUUGUGACGAGGGUUCUGAAGCAAAAUCCCAGCCAAAUUGAACCCAGGUACCGAAUUGGCGACAAGUUCUAUUCUUCAACAGAGAAAGAGAAUUUGAGCAAGAGCCAGAACUCGGGUAUUUUGGAGCUGUUGGCAAAGGUGUUCAAUUCCAAAGCGGGGAAGCCGACUGAAGGGACGAAUGAGAGUCAAAAUGGGGGUAAAGAUGUGUACUUGAAGGAUAUUUUGCGGGAGUAUAAGGGGAAGCUUUAUGUGCCUGAGCAGAUUUUUGGGGCCGAGUUGUCCGAGGAAGAAGAGUUCAAUAAGAAUGUAGAGGAGUUGCCCAGAAUGAGCUUGGAGGAGUUCAGGAAAGCGAAGCAGAGUGACAAGGUUAAAUUGGUGACGUCGAAGGAAGGGACUGGUGUGAGUUCUGGAAAUGUUUAUAGGGACUUCGUUGUGGACUUGAAAGAGAUACCGGGAGAGAAAAGCUUACACAGAACUAAAUGGGCACUGAGGCUAUCUGAGGAUGAGAGUCAAACAGUUUUGGAUGAGUAUUCAGGUCCAGUUUACGAAGUAGACAGGCAUUUAACGUCUUCUGUUGGAAAGUUGACAGAGUUUCCUCAUCCUGUAGCCUCUUCUAUAUCUAGCAGAAUGAUGGUGGAGCUAGGGAUGGUGACAGCUGUCAUUGCAGCAGCAGCAGCUGUUGUAGGGGGGUUCCUAGCUUCUGCUGUAUUUGCUGUUACCAGUUUCGUCUUUGUAACCACUGUAUAUGUGGCUUGGCCUAUUGUUAGACCUUUUCUUAAGCUGUUUAUUGGCAUCGUCUUUGGUAUUUGUGAGAGGCUUUGGGAUAAUUUUGUUGAUGUUUUCUAUGAUGGAGGGGUCUUCUCUAAGCUGUAUGAGCUUUAUACUUUCGGUGGUAUAUCUGCCAGCAUUCAAAUGCUGAAGCCGAUUUUGCUUGUGGUCUUGACCAUGGUUCUUCUGGUCCGCUUUACCCUUUCAAGACGACCUAAGAAUUUCAGGAAGUGGGAUUUGUGGCAAGGAAUUGACUUUUCACGAUCUAAAGCUGAAGCUCGUGUUGAUGGUUCAACAGGAGUCAAAUUUGGUGAUGUUGCAGGGAUUGAUGAAGCAGUGGAGGAACUUCAAGAGUUGGUAAGAUACUUGAAGAACCCAGAACUUUUUGAUAAAAUGGGCAUCAAGCCUCCACAUGGGGUGCUUUUGGAAGGACCUCCAGGAUGUGGGAAGACUCUAGUUGCCAAGGCCAUAGCUGGUGAAGCUGGUGUUCCGUUUUACCAAAUGGCUGGAUCUGAAUUUGUUGAAGUUUUAGUUGGUGUUGGUUCUGCUCGUAUCAGAGAUCUUUUUAAGAGAGCCAAGGUAAAUAAACCCUCGGUUAUAUUCAUUGAUGAAAUCGAUGCAUUGGCAACUAGGCGUCAAGGGAUCUUUAAGGAGUCCAGUGACCACCUCUAUAAUGCUGCCACUCAAGAGAGGGAAACUACUCUUAACCAACUGUUGAUAGAGCUUGAUGGAUUUGACACUGGCAAAGGGGUGAUUUUCUUGGGAGCUACAAAUCGGAGGGACUUAUUAGAUCCAGCACUUCUUCGGCCUGGUCGGUUUGAUCGAAAGAUAAAAGUUCGUCCUCCAAAUUCUAAAGGGAGAUUGGAAAUUUUGAAAAUCCAUUCGAGCAAAGUGAAAAUGUCGGAGUUCGUUGAUUUAACUACUUAUGCCAAGAACUUACCUGGGUGGAGUGGAGCGAAGCUAGCUCAGCUGGUACAAGAGGCAGCUCUGGUGGCAGUCAGACAAGGCCAUACAUCAGUUAUCCAAUCAGACAUGGACGAAGCAGUUGAUCGACUUACUGUUGGACCAAAGCGUGUUGGAAUAGAUUUGGAUCACCAGGGUCAAUGCCGUAGAGCUACCACUGAAGUCGGUGUUGCAAUAACUGCUCAUUUGCUCAGGCGAUAUGAGCAUGCACAAGUUGAAUUCUGUGAUCGUAUUUCAAUUGUCCCCCGUGGUCAGACAUUAUCACAACUUGUGUUUCAUAGGCUUGAUGACGAAGCAUAUAUAUUUGAACGGCGGCCACAAUUGCUGCACCGACUCCAGGUGCUUCUUGGGGGAAGGGCAGCCGAAGAGGUCAUUUAUGGCAGAGAUACAUCAAGGACAUCUGUUUCUUACCUUGCAGAUGCAUCCUGA